AGGCAACGGUUUAUAUAUAAAUGAAGAUUUUUGCCCUGCAUCUCAAAAGAUAAAAAAGCUGAGUUACCAUAACUCAAGGAAGCUCUAAGUGAGGGCAAGGUUGUGUAUUCCCGACACACUCGUCUCAUCAUCAAGGAAAGACCGAGCAGUGCUGGUGGUUCAGGUUUCACCUGAGGAAACGGAGCCUCGAGAACGAGUGGACUGAAGAUAGGAUCCACGGAACGAGAUGCCAGCAGUAGUAGUAGUGCUGGUGUUGUGGUGAGUGUUGGAGGUGGAACAAGUACUCGCGCUAUUGCACCAACUGGUCUUCGGAUGGACGUCUCUGUUGCUGGUGCCUGGGUCGACGGGGCGCCUUCAAAUAUCGAAAAUAGACUUAGUGGCAGUUCACCAGCGGUGAAUAGAGAUUGAAAAAACAGUGAGACUACCCAGCGAGCAACCAGGAAUUCCGCACGUUGAGGAAGGAAAGGCCAGAAAGGGCGAAUGGUGGAACUACUAUGGGCGUCACGUGGCAGAAUAUGCCUCGGGCUCUUGUGGCACAGAGCAUACCUAUUCUACCAGAGUUGUUGUGGCAGCGUGUGUUUACGGCCGUAUGGCUCCUAGGGUGUCUGGUGGCCACGUCUGCGUACACCUGCAACCUGGUCAGCAUUUUCACCAGCAUCACCUACCCAAGCCGUCUGCGGACCCUGCAAGAGUUGGCGGAUAGCGACUACAGGGUGGCAUUGCUGAACAACGGCGGGUUCUUAGCACAACUGGUGCUGCUCACUCCCGGGGAUAUGUUGGACCAGAUACGCCAAAAACUGGACCUUUUUAAUAACCUGAACGAAGCGCUGAAGGCCGUGAAAGAAAGACGCCAUGCUUUUAUCGCGGAUGAAACUACAACCAAGCUUACGAUAAUGCAGCAAAUGCAAGACGAUGAAUGGUACCUGGUAAACGAAAGACUCUACAGCGGGCGGUUAGUUUGGUACUUCCCCAAGAACACGCCGUGGAAACAAAAAUUUGACCAAAAUAUACGGAGGCUGAACUACUUCGGCUUAAUCACCCAUUGGUUUGAGGUGGAGUUUGCGGAGUGGGUUAAGGAUAAUGUGAACAAAAAGGUGCGGCGUGGCGAUGGAAGGGAGGGCCCCGCCCCGUCCCUCACCAUGCGGCACCUUCAAGGAGUUUUUUAUAUCUUGGGUGUCGCCUGGAUUGUCAGCGGGGCCGUUCUGCUGUUGGAGCUGUUCACACAGUACCAAUGCUGUCACAGAGAACUUCUUUGUUCUCGUCUUGAUGAAUUGACCCCAUAUGUAGCAGAAUGCAUCUGGAGAAUGACUGCAGCCUUUUGAUGCCAUCUCACCUCUUAUGAUGUGUCUUCUCAGGCAGCCAAAGCAGAACUGAAUGAUGGUCUGCAAGCCCCUACUUUUAUGUCGUCAGGCAGUACUCUAGAAUAUUCUUAGUCUUCCUAGAAUGUGUUCCAGAAGGUUUUCAAUCUUUCUAGAAUAUUCUUGAACCUUUUCAUUCUAGAAAAUUCCUGAUACUUCUACAUAUUUCUAUUGUAUUCUAGAAAGUUCUAGAGUAUUCUGAAAAUGUUUACAUUCAAUAGAAUCUUCUAAAAUGUUCUAGAAACUUCUAAAAAUCUUCUAAAAUGUUCUAGGAACUUCUAAAAGUGUUUAAUAGAGCAUUGUGGAAGACUUGAGAUUUCUGAAAUGUAAGCAAAUUCUUCUAUGAAAAAUUUCUUGCUAGAUCUUAUCAGUUCAAGAAUGAUCUUAUUAAAAUUAAAAAUCUUUAGAACACAUUAUAUUCUUUCUUUCAUUGUUUUAACUUAUUUGAAACGUUUUAAAAGCAAUUAGAUAAGCAAUUGAAAUUUUGCACAGAUCUUUACCUGACAUGAAAACCAAUACUAUAAUGAAAUUUCAAAUAUGUAAAUUCAUUGUUCUAACCACAAAAAAAAAAAAAAUAAAAUAAAAUUUAGGAUCAAAAUUUAUUUAUUUUUUUUCUAUUUUCUUUAGAUGGAAAUAACUGGGAAAUUAUGAUUUAAGGGCAAGGACGAGCCAAAAAUGAAAUUUUGUUCCAUAGUGUAAUUAGCAGAGGGACGUACUGCUUCCGAAGUCAUGACAGUAAACAAGAAAAAAAUAGAAAUAUAAUUGUAGCAGAUUGAGGGAUAAUGAUGGUCAGUUAUAGAAAAGGAACGGUUCACAUGAAUAAUCUAUAUAGUUUCACUGUUUGAAUUCAAGUAUAGGAGAAGGUAACUCCAUAAGGUUAAGGAGAAGACCGCUGUAUAUAGAUGGUCACUGGGGUGGUAAUGACUGGACGGCAACACUCGAUGCUCGGUAAUUAUAUAGUCUUUCAUUUAAGCACGUCUGAUGUAUGAAGUUUCGAAGUGAGCUCACCGAAGGAAAACAAAAAAUCGAAAAAAAGACCUACCCAUUCAAAAAUUCUUCUUGAAAGAGUUUAAACCAUAGGAAGGAAGAAAUACAGACACAGGAAGGUAGUUCCAGAGUUCAUCAGAGAAAGAGAUGAUUGAAAAUAAUGGUCAACUCUUGUAUUAGAGUGGUAAGAAGAACAGAGGUGAGAUAAUAUAAGAGUAUGAUAGAAUAA